AUGACCACAGUGACGGCCACCACUGCCAACAGCCUUCCCACCUGUCUGGGGAAGACACAAGCCUCGGGCUGGGGCUGGGCCGAGCCCCCCGCCCGCCCCUCGCUUACCGGCAGGGCGGGCCGGCCCCGAUGGGCUCCGGGCUGUGACAGCGGCCCGGCCCUCGAUAGCCCCCGAUGGGCUCCGGGCUGUGACAGCGGCCCGGGCCCGGCCCUCGAUAGCCCCCGAUGGGCUCCGCGCUGUGACACCGGCCCGGGCCCGGCCCUCGAUAGCCCCCGAUGGGCUCCGCGCUGUGACACCGGCCCGGGCCCGGCCCUCGAUAGCCCCCGAUGGGCUCCGCGCUGUGACACCGGCCCGGGCCCGGCCGGCGCCAUCCGCCACCUCCGCCCGCACGGCCGGGGCGGAGCGCGGGGCCGGCCCUCGGCCACGGGGAGGGACGGGCGGAGCGAGCCUCAGCUCCGUGUGAAGCCUCCUUCUCCUUCCAGACGAGGGGAGAUGGGCAAAUUCACACAAAUGCGGUAUUGUGAGUGUUCCUGCAACAAGGUGCCAUGGAACAGUGUGGAAAUACAAGACUUGAGAUUCUAGACUUACUGACCUUACACUCAGACUGACAACCAGCCAGUUAAUUCUGAUUGACCAGUAUCAUCUUCACAAACAAAUGAUGAUUUCAAGACCCUUUUUCUCCAGCUACGGAGCUCAGAAUCAGUCAAAAGCUACUGAAAGGUACCUGGCCUGGUUUAGCUCCAAUUUUUCCUCGUUUGUUGAAGCCUUGCCCGUUUGUGACAGAGCUGAACUGUGGGUUUGUUUGUCCUGCCCCUCAAUCUAACCCGAACUUCCUGCUGCUCCUGGAUGGAGUUUUGUCACUUCCCUGUGAGAUUAUGCUGUAAACUGCAGGGUCACCAGCUCUUAAAGCCACAAGAUACUGACAUUAAAUCGCACAGAUUAUGCUCCUGCUGAGGGAAUUUCCAGGUCAGAGGCUAACCACCCUUUCAACGCCUGUUCUUUGCACCGAGAGUGUAAAAAGUCAAGCUGGAAACCUGGUGCAUAAGGGCAGCAAUUCGCAGCUCUCCUUAAAUGAGUCGUCACUUCCUCAUGUGUAUUUUCAGCUACUCAGCAGAGCUGGUGAAGUGUCUCGAGUGCUUUGUUUCUGCCAGUCAGAAAGAGAGAAUACACUAACAUGCCUUUUAAGGACAUUCAAGAAUACACUAGUGUGUAAAAAAGAGGAAAAACACACAAGAAGGUUCUAUAAGCAAUUGUGGCUAAUUUUGUGAACUAUGUUAGACGUGUGUUUGAUUGCAGAGUGGAAAAAAAACAAAACACAAAACUCUGAACUAUUUACUUAAAAGACUAUAUACUUUUAACUUUAAUAAAAUGGAGUAGGUUUGGUUUUAUUAGUUUGCCAAGACAACAGAAAAUUUAGAUGACCUUAGUUCCAGGUAAUCCUCAUUUCAGUUAGAGUCUCUCAGUUCAGGUAAGUCUCCUUCAGUUAAAAUAAAUUAUUUCAAGAUAAGAAAAUAGAAUAUAAAUGAGCUAAGCAGCUCUGCAUUUAUAUCAAGCACAUCUGGUUUAUCUCAGUUAUCUUUUAGUUUCUUUAAAUUUUUUUUUCUCCUCUCUUGAGUCGGAACAGAGAAAUUUUGCAGCUCAUUAGUCUUGUAUACAUAUGUUGAAGUUGUUACUCUCUGGUGUCAGUGACUCAGAAUCGUUCUGAUUCACCUUUGAUAUGAUUCAUACCUCGCACUGAGUUCUCACUGAGGGCCAGCUGAGAAAGGGACCCUGCUGUGCCAAAGACUGUGCAGACAGAGACAGGAUUUCUGCUGCUAAGAGCUUAUAAUUAGCUGCACUCACACAUGCGAUGAGCAGAACUCCAGCCCUCUCAGCCACAGGCAUCUGAGAACUCCAAAAAUGGUGAUAUCACACCGGCAGCACUUUUCAGCAGGGUAUUUUGGGGGUAUGUUCACCUCCUGGGAAGGAGAGAUUGGG